AUGCUCCAGGCUAGUGAAGUCAUGCUCCGCUCUGUUCCAGAUGACUUUAAUAUUUUAAAAGCCCUGAGGGACAAUGAGGUAGAUACAGAUAUGGAGUGGGACAGGUCAGGGACACCCAGGGAGGAGGAGCAGGAGGGGAACAGGGAUGAUGUGCAGUCCCCCCAAAUUGAAGAGAAAGGAAUACCUCCUGCUCAGCCUCGAAGACCCAAGCAAGAACCACCAAGCCCCAAGCAAGAACCACCAAGCUCCAGGGGAGAACCACCAAACUCCAGGGGAGAACCACCAAACUCCAAUCCAGGACCAAGCCCCAAGCAAGAACCACCAAGCUCCAGGGGAGAACCACCAAACUCCAAUCCAGGACCAAGCCCCAAGCAAGAACCACCAAGCUUCAGGGGAGAACCACCAAACUCCAAUCCAGGACCAAGCCCCAAGCAAGAACCACCAAGCCCCAAGCAAGAACCACCAAACACGCAGAGAUGCUCUCUUAGCCCCAAACAACAGCCACAGACCCCUAGUGAGAGCCAAUAA